AUGCAUGCAACAGCUGUCAGUGCCCACGGAUGGAAAUGUGGCAACCGCUUGCCAAUAUGUGCAGGACUACAUGACAUGCUACCCCGAGAAUUCUGCACGUCGACUGUUGAGACGGCAUUGGCCAGUUUUGGGCAAGCUCCUUUCAAUUGUGCCGGAACGACAUGUGGCGGCACGAUAUCACAAGAUCAUAACGUCACGACAACAACCACCGCAAACGUUGUUGGAGCCGGUGUGCAUGGCACUGGCGGGACUGGAGCUGAGACCAUUCAGAUGUCAGUUCAGACAUGGGAGGACUGUUGCAGCUACUGCAACCAAGAUGUCUGUUGUGGUUUUGUCCUGAUUUCAGACGGCGUAUUCUACCAAAACUCGGGUCCACUUGUGACCUGA